AUGAGAGAGAGAGAGAGAGAGAGAGAGAGAGAGAGAAUAUAAAGGGGCAUGAAAAAACAAAAAAUGUCAGAGAGAACUAGUAGUUUAAAAGCUGCCUCCUCCUCCUUUGUUGUUUGUUUAUUUGUUCUGAUUUUUUAAUAUCCUUCCUUCCUCCUCUCCAUAACCAUAAUCUCAGAUCUCAUCUGACACCAAUCUGAAGAUCUUCUGCCAAGAAAUUCCAAAACCCUCUGCACCCUUUUCUUAUCCAUUGCCCCCUUUUGUUUUGAUCCCUCUGAUCUGAGAACAAACUCUGCCACCAUCAAAUCUAUAUGGUUUUUUACAGCUAAGAGGCUGCCUUCAGAGGUGACACGCCAUGGAAGGGCCAAGUGCAAUCAACCCAGGUUCAAGGUAUGAUAAAGAGGCAGCCUUCCAUAUUCUCUGAAUUUGCACAAAAACUACUCGAUUAAUGUCCUCACGGAGGUCUGCUUGUUGAUUCUGCCCAUACCCAUUUGGUCCCUUUUUGGAGUUUUGCCCAUUUUAAUGGUGUCUGGGUCCUGUAGUGCUGGUGGGUAUAUAAUUUCUCGAAUUGGGGGUGUGGGUUUCGAGCACAAGCAAAAACUGGACCUGAGGUUGGGUCUGGAUCUUGUCUUUGGUCUGGGUUUGAUGAAUAUUUUGUUUGCCGGUUCCUUUGGAUAAUAUAUAUAUAUAUAUAUAUAGGGUUUAUUGGAUUGACAUUUGUGCUUGGCAACUGCGGUUGAUAAACAAUUUGAUUAUUGGAUCGCUAGGAAGAUCAAAUACUGUACCAAUAUAUACACACAAAUUUGAGAUCAGAGGCAAGGGAUUCCAUAAAAAAUGGUUAAACCAUGCUGGAAACCAUCUGUUGAGGAUGGUGGAGGCCGCCGGGGCAGGGAUGGGAAGCACCAAAACGGCGAUUCGGGCGGCAAGGUUGAUGGUUUGUUGUGGUAUAAGGAUUUGGGGUAUCAUGUAAAUGGAGAAUUUUCAAUGGCAGUAAUGCAAGCCAACAGUUUGUUGGAGGAUCAAAGCCAGCUAGAAUCAGGGCAAUUGAGUAACCUUGGUUCAGGCCCUAGGGGGACGUUUAUUGGCGUUUACGAUGGACAUGGAGGGCCCGAGACGUCUCGAUUUGUAAAUGAGAACUUGUUCCUCAAUUUCAAGAGAUUUGCCUCUGAGCACAGAGAGAUCUCUGCAAAUGUUAUCAAAAAAGCAUUCUUGGCAACCGAAGAGGACUUCCUAUCCCUUGUGAAGCGGCAAUGGCUUGAGAAGCCACAAAUCGCAUCGGUUGGAUCGUGUUGUUUGGUGGGGAUAAUAUGCAACGAACUUCUGUACGUUGCAAAUGCUGGAGAUUCCCGUGUGGUGUUAGGGAGGGCAGAGAAGGACGUGAAAGGGGUUACAACAGCAAUUCAGCUAUCGUUGGAGCACAAUGCGAGCAUCCAAUCUGUGAGGGAUGAGCUUCGUUCGUCGCAUCCCCACGAUUCACAAAUUGUGGUCAUGAAACACAAGGUUUGGCGCGUGAAGGGUCUCAUUCAGGUUUCCAGAUCCAUUGGUGAUGCCUACCUAAAGAAGGCAGAGUUCAACAAAGAACCACUACUGGCAAAGUUCAGAUUGCCCGAGCCCUUCCCUAAGCCAAUCCUUAGUCCAGAGCCUUCAAUCUUCGUACACAAACUCAAUCCCGAGGAUCGGUUUCUCAUAUUUGCAUCGGAUGGUCUUUGGGAGCAACUUAGCAACGAGGAGGCUGUGGAUAUUGUUAACAACUCUCCGCGGAUUGGCAUUGCCAGGAGGCUUGUUAAAGCUGCCAUGCAGGAGGCGGCGAAGAAGAGAGAAAUGAGAUACUCAGACCUGAAGAAGAUCCAGAGAGGGGUGAGGAGACAUUUCCACGACGACAUUACAGUAAUAGUCGUGUUUCUUGAUCAGCAGUCCAUGUCCCGGAAUUACACUCGAAAUUGCAGUCUGUCAGUAAAGGGGGGUGGGGGCUCGACCUAGAAAGCCUAAUUUGAUUCAGACUCUUCUUCCAUGCCAUCGGUCCCUGUAUGUAUAGAUAAGGUUGUUGGUUUCUUCUUUCGGCUCGUUUUCUAUGGGCUUCUUUUAAGGUUGUAUCAAUUAGGCUCAUGAUUAUUAUAUUGAAACAAACAAGUCACUGAUAAUGUAACUAACUACUUUUCCAGUGUUGUUUAUCUCUAUCCUCUUUUUUCAGCA